ACUUCUUUAACCUCGUCUCCUUUCUCUUGUGUUGAAAGAAAACGAGCAAAGCAAACCUACAAAAAAUACCCGGGAACCCAAUGUCACUCGGGGCUUCAAAUUCCGGGUCAAACUUUAUCAAUGCAUUGUUCUCAUCUCUCCGGAGAACCCAUUUCCGGUUAGCCGGAGCUCCGACAACCCUCUGGCGCACUUUAGCGACCAACCGCCCUAUUAGCAAGAACAAGGUCAAGAGGGAGAAAAUCAAUUGCUCAGUUUCAGUCUUUAACAACGAGGCUUCUUCUAUCACUUCUUCUACUUCCUCUGUUAAUAAUGGCUAUCCAGAAUAUAGUCGUUUGCUUCCUUGUCCGUCAACAAAUGCUCCACCUAGAGUAGAGCACUUGGUUGUGUUGGAGGAAAGCCCUGUUUGUGAAUACAUCAGCAAAAGUUUGGAUCUCCCACCUUUGUAUGUUGCAGAUCUCAUCCAUUUUGGAGCUGUAUACUACGCGCUUAUAUGUCCAGACCCUCCUGUAACAGCUACCCCUGAGCAAGUUGUACUGUAUAAACAAUUUACAUCACCUGAACUUCUGAAACAACGGCGUUCAACUAAGGGUAAAACUUUUCGAGAAGCUCAAAAAACCUUCCGUGUAACCCGUAUAGAGGAAAACUUUGAAGUAGGAACUUACUUGCGUGUUCAUGUACACCCAAAACGCUUCCCAAGGUGCUAUGAAGUUGAUUGGAUGUCACGAGUUAUAGCUGUUACUGAAUCCUAUGUGGUUCUUAACAAACCUGCUGGCACCUCUGUUGGAGGGAGUUCAGACAAUAUUGAAGAAAGCUGUGCAAAUUUUACCACACGUGCCCUGGGAUUGACUUCUCCACUCUAUACUACACAUCAAAUUGAUAACUGUACUGAAGGAUGUCUUGUGCUGGCCAGAGAUAAGGAGUACUGCUCCAAAUUUCACAAAAAGAUUAGAGAUAAAAUGGUUAAGAAGCUCUACCUUGCACUUGCUGCAGCUCCAGUUCCUCGUGGAAUAUAUACCCAUUACAUGCGUCCUGCUAAUCUUGCUCCACGACUCGUAUCAGAAGAACAUAUUGAUAGAUGGCUGUUGUGCCAGCUGGAAGUUCUGGAUUGUAAGGAGGUUCCUUGGCCAAAUUCUGUCACCAGAGAAAGGUAUCGAGUUGAAGACUGUGGUUGGCCAGUAGAGAAUUUAGCUUAUGAGUGUACUGUUAAUCUUUUGACUGGCCGGACUCACCAGAUUCGAGCGCAACUUGCUGCUUGUGGAGCGCCUAUAGUGGGUGAUUCCAUGUACAUGCCAGCUUCUGUUGCAGAAAUAGCCACCCCAAACAUUAAUCCUUUUGGAAAAUGUAAAGGAGGAUAUACAAGUGAGGAUGAAAAAAGAAUUGCUAUUGAUAAUUGGAUUGCCUUGCAUGGAAAAGAACCCAUGGUUGCUAUUGGUCUUCAAGCUUGUCAAAUUUCUUGGGACAACGGUGAGCAUAUCUACAACGCUGGGUCACCUUGGUGGAGAUGAGAUAUUUUUCAUGGCUCAUGAGUCCUUUGCAAUCAAGAGGAUGAAAGUCAACUACAAAGCUGAAUCAAGAUUUACAGCUGCUUCAUGAGUGGAUAAUUAUAUUGUGUGCCACAAGAAAGGGCUCCGUUUCAUAUGGCAUUUCGGACACUUUUAGAAAGAACUAGAGCAUCGUGAUGCAGGAAUUUACAACUGAAGUGUCCAUCAACAGCCAAGAUAUUUUGCUUAUAGAUGGGACCAAGUUCUUCAUCUGUUCUGUGAAGAAUGUGAAGCACAAUUCAGCAAUUUUCUUAAGAUCUUUAUUCAAGAACGCUUCUGGAUUAAGGUCUGUUUUCGAAACUUAAAACUUUUUUAGUGUUCUGUUUAGCCAAGGGAUUGAGAAUGAUUUCUCUGAUUAUUGCAUUUUCAGAUGAAAGACUAUUUCCCUCUGUACAUUUCUGAGCAAAUUUUUCGUUAGAAGAUCAUUAGUACUAGUAAGCUUGUAAAAGCUAUAUACAUGAGUCACAUGAUGAAAUUGAAUUAUUGUUGAUAAUAAGAGUGACUGAUAAUUGCAGCA